GCUGUUACCAAAAGCUUAGGUUUCUUGAAAAGAGAUGAGAUUUGUCGUUGCACAAAAAGGAAAGAGCUUAAAUUCAAAUCAGUUUGCAUUUGGAAGCUGAGAGAGUUCUCUUUUGGUUAGUAAAUCAUGAAACGCUCUCAAGAUGAGAGGAUUAAUAUUGGUGAAUUGAAAGGGCAGAUAGUGAAGAAGAUUGGUGUUGAAAGAUGUAAAAGGUAUUUUUAUUACCUAAGUAGGUUUCUGAGCCAGAAGCUUAGUAAGGGCGAGUUUGACAAGACAUGUUUUAGGCUGUUAGGGAAGGAGAAUCUCUCUCUACACAACCACUUGAUACGUUCCAUCUUGAGAAACGCAUCUGUCUCCAAGUCCCCACCUCCACUGACCAAACCUGUGGCUAAUGGUCCAGAACAAAGUGCUCCUAACCAGAAUGGCCAUGUUUGGUCCAACGGGGGAGUGCGCAAGAGGAAGAUGAGAGAUAGUCCAGUAGAACAUGUGUUGCAAGUACAGCCACUUUGUAGAGAAGAAAACAAUAGUGUUGGUAUGGAGAAGGAUGAUUUGAGACGAUUUAAUCAUCAAAGAUAUGGUGCUGAUGGUGAAAGAGACGGUGAGUUUCUUCGUCCCGUUGCAAAACUGAGAAGACAAUGUAAAGAUCAGGUUGCAACUGCCGCUGUAAGAGAUAAUCAAGAGGAUCAGGUGAGGUUAAAUCUGUUAGCUAGUCCUCUAGUUGCGCCUCUAGGGAUUCAGUUCUGUUUAGCUAGUGUCGGUGGUGGGUCCCGUAGAAGGGUUCCUGUCUCAACCGUGAUGAGUUGCUACGACAGUGGUGGGUUACCAGACACAGAGAUGCUGAGGAAAAGGAUGGAGGAUAUUGCAAUAGCACAGGGUCUUGAAGGGGUUUCCAUGGAGUGUGCUAAUACGCUGAAUGCCUUGUUGGACGUUUAUCUUAAGAAGCUGAUCAAAUCGUGCAUUGAUUUGGUCAGAGCUCGGUCCACAAAUGGAGGGGAUCCCAGGAAGCAGAGUCAGAAUAAGGUUGUAAAUGGGAGUAACAGUUUGCAUAUACAAACUCCUAACGGAACACAGGAUCACUAUCCUGUCUCUCUACUUGAUUUUAGAACGGCCAUGGAGUUAAAUCCACACCAGCUGGGAGAAGACUGGCCAACACUCCUAGAGAGAAUCUCCAUGCGGUCUUUCAAGGAACAAGACUUGGAGGUGUGAAAGAAAUGUUGAUGUUACAUAUUGUCUAAGUUGAGUUCAGCAGGUUAGUGUAGAUUAUUCAAAAUCCCAAGAGAACCUUAUAAAGAUUUGGUUGUUGGUUGUAAGAUUAGCAAGUAAUUGGCGAUCUCAAAAGAAUUUUAGAGCUUUGUGUGUAUACUGAGUUUUGGCAGAGAUACUGAGGCUGGUGCAAAGGCACAGUGUCAAUCAUGUAAUAGCUGCAGUAUGUAACCUAGUCUUUUAGCAUUUGUUU